AUGGCGCAGGAAAUGGGUUCUGUAUUGCGGAUCUGCUUGCUUAAUCAUGAUGCUGCAGAAUCGGAAUGGUCAUUAGUCUACAUUCUGACGCUGGGAGUGAUGGAUAGUUACAGAAAUCUUGGAAUGGCCUCUUCGCUUAUUCUUGAGGUUAUCAAGUAUGCCUCUAGCAUCCCAACUUGUCGAGCUGUUUAUUUGCAUGUGAUAUCUUACAACUUUCCUGCCAUACACCGAUACAAGAAAAUGUCAAUCGAGUGUAUACGGAGGUUGCCGGAUUUUUAUCUGAUUGAUGGCCAGCAUUACGAUUCCUACGUGUUUGCUUACUUUGCAAAAGGCUGUCAGUCUCCUUGCUCACCGGUGGAACUUGUCACAGCCAUCAUCAGAUAUGUACGGAGCAGUUUCCAGUCGAUUACUGCAAAGCUGUGGAGCAAUGAAAGGAAGGUCGGGUGGAUGGUCCAGAUGUAAUGAAGCUCGUUCUCUAAUAUAGGCGGCACAGAACAAGAGAAUCCUCGAGUCAUGGAGAGAUGGGGAUAA